AUGAGUAAUGCGAACAAACUUGAACUGCUCAAAAAAUUGCAGAAAGCUAGGAAUAAUAAAUCGAAUAGGGAUGUGCUAGAUGAACAACUGGAAGAAGAAAAUGUGUAUGACUUGAUUGACGAGGAUCAAUAUAGGAGUAAGAAAAGACAAGAGUUGUUAAGAGAUGAUUUUGUUGAAGAUGAUGAUGGCAGUGGAUAUGUGGAUCGUGGUGUAGAUGAAUGGGAUCAAAGUCAGGAGUUCUACUCUGAUGAAGACGAUGGUGUUGAUGCAAAGUCAGGCAAAAAGCGUAAUAAGACCAGUAAGAAUAACAAAGGUAAGGAUACCAUCAGCGAUAUCAUAAAGCAACAAAAUGUCAAGAGAAAAAUGACAAUGCCAACAGAAAAACCUAAGAAAGUGUCACUUGCUGAAUUUGAUGAUAUUUUGAGUGAAUUUGACGCAGAGCCUCUGGUUAAGAAGCCGAAGCUAACGAUAUCCAGAAAACAACCUGCAAAUACUACGCCUAUGAACUAUAAACACCCUCAGGUAGAUACAUCCCCACUUAAAGGUAAAGAUGUUGUACCUUUUAAAGCUGAUAGCGUUAAUCCUAUCGAUUGUGAUUCAAUGGAAGAGGACCACGAUAUUGAAUCAUUAUUAAACGAUGUGGCUAGUUCUCCUUCAAUGAGCAAGCAGAAGACAUAUCAAAGCGAAGAUGACAGUGAAGAUGACGAAGAUGAUAUUCACUUUGGUAGAAAAAAAUUCAAAUCAAUAGCUACUCAAAGGCAGAUGAAUAUCAGCGCUCAAACAGCACCAUUAACGUCUUCGCCAACAUAUGUCACUGCUCCUAACACCCCAUUGUCAACUUCUACAGGGUCCACACAAGCAACAGAAUCAAUUUCCGGAUCACUGAGACAAAGAAUACCUAAAGAGGAUGUAGUAGACGCUGAGACCGGUAGUUUUAACUUUUUUUGGACUGAUUUUACCGAAGUCAACUCUUCUUUGAUUCUCUUUGGUAAAGUUAAAACGAGAAAGAAUCAAGUAGUCUCUGCAAUGGCGCAAAUCAAUGGUUUCAAUAGAGAGCUGUAUUUUCUACCUAAGGAGGGUAAAACAGCGUCUGAUGUCCACCAAGAAAUUGUACCUCUAUUAUUGGAUAAAUAUGGCUUACAAUCACUUCGCGCUAAGCCUGAAACGAAAAAGUAUGCCUUUGAACUUCCAGGAAUACCACACGAAGCGGAGUAUUUGAAGGUUUUGUUACCUUAUGAUACUCCUAAAUGCAAGUCAAUUACUAUUCCCGCUGAACUUGAGGGAGAUACAUUCAGUCACGUCUUCGGUGGUAACCAAAACCUUUUUGAGAGUUUUGUUGUCCAAAGGAAAAUCAUGGGCCCUUGCUGGCUUAAGAUAUCAGAUGGCGAUUUUGAUGCAGUUCAAGGCGCUUCGCAUUGUGCUAUUGAGGUUCAAAUUGAUUCACCUAAUCAUAUCUCAGCAACGAAUGAAAAAUCAUCUCCGAGCUUGAACUGUAUAUCAUUGUCUAUUCAGACCGUCAUGAAUGCAAAAGAAAACAAGCAGGAAAUUGUUGCUAUAAGUAUGGCUGUCUUCAAAAAUUUAUCUCAAGAUUCAUCAAUUCCACAAAAUCUCAAACCAAAUGAAAUAGUGACACUAGUAAGGCCUCCACAAGGAUCAACUUUUCCACCUCUUCUGGGACCUAAAUCAAAGAAAGAAUUAUCCGGAAAUGUGCGUCUCUUCAAUAACGAAAAGACGUUAUUAAACUGUUUCUGUGCUCUCUUGAAGGUAAAUGAUCCUGAUGUUAUAAUAGGACAUAGAUUGGAAGGUGUCAUCUUGGAUGUUCUGGCACACAGAGCUUAUGAGUUAAAUAUUCCUCAAUUUAGUGUCUUUGGGAGAAGACUGCGGAAAGCAUGGCCAGACAAGUUUGGAAAACAUAAUAAUAGUAUGACACAGUUCAUAGUUAGGGAUUUAUUUGCAGGUAGGUUGUUAUGUGACAUUUCCAAUGAAAUGGGUCAGUCACUAACUCCAAAAUGUCAAAAUUGGGAACUAAACGAAAUGUAUCAAGUUUCCUGCGGUAUUGAAAGAAAAUCUCUCGAAAUUAAUUACCUAAACCCAAUAUAUCAGGAAGAUGAAUCCCAGAUGCUUCUAGCGCUAGGCGAAAACAUCGAAAACUCCAUUAUAACAGCAGAAGUUGCAUUCCGCAUUCAAAUUCUCUCUUUAACCAAACAACUGACUAAUUUAGCAGGCAAUGGAUGGAGACAGACUUUGGGUGGUACAAGAGCUGGUAGAAAUGAAUAUAUUUUGCUUCAUGAAUUUAACAGAAAUGAUUACAUUGUUCCUGAUAAAGAAACAAGGCAAAUGAAGCAAGACAGACAACAAAAGAAUGAAGAUCCUAUGGAGCCACAAGUGUCCAGUAAAAAAUCAAAAUAUCAGGGUGGGUUGGUCUUUGAACCAGAAAAAGGUUUGCAUAAAAACUAUAUCUUGGUCAUGGAUUUCAAUUCGUUGUACCCAUCUAUCAUUCAAGAGUUUAAUAUUUGCUUCACUACUGUUGACAGGAAUCCACAGGAUAAUGAAGAACUUCCAGAUGUGCCUUCAAGAGAAAAAUCACGAGGUGUACUGCCAAGAUUAUUGGCCAACCUGGUCCAAAGACGUAGAGAAGUGAAAAAUCUAAUGAAGACUGAAAAUGACGCAAGUAAAAAAGCCCAAUAUGAUAUCAGGCAGCAAGCUUUGAAGCUUACGGCAAAUUCUAUGUAUGGUUGUUUGGGUUAUGUGAACAGUAGAUUUUAUGCUAAACCGUUAGCAAUGUUAGUUACAAAUAAGGGGAGAGAAAUUCUCAUGAACACAAGACAAUUAGCGGAGAGUCUGGGUCUAACAGUUGUGUACGGUGAUACCGAUUCGGUCAUGAUCAGUACUGGCUGUGACAAUUACAUGGAUGCAAUCAAAAUUGGUGAAAACUUUAAAAAGCUGGUGAAUGAAAGAUACAGUUUGCUUGAAAUAGACAUUGAUAACAUCUUCAAAAGGUUACUGUUGCAUGCUAAGAAAAAGUAUGCUGCAUUGAAUGUUACUUUUGACAAGCAAAACAAUGAGAAAACUACUCUUGAAGUUAAGGGUUUAGAUAUGAAACGUCGUGAAUUCUGUCCAUUGUCAAAGGAAGUCUCAACUCGAGUGUUAAAUAUUCUUCUUUCUGAUAAGGACUCGGAGAGUGCUUUACAGGAGAUAUACGCAUAUAUGGAAGAAAUACGUCAAAAAGUAGAGAACAACGAGAUUAGAAUGGACAAAUACAAAAUUAAUACCAGGCUUUCUAAGGAUCCUAAGUCAUAUCCUGGGGGUAAGAAUAUGCCAGCAGUUCAAGUUGCUUUAAGAAUGAGAGAGGCAGGAAGGGUAGUUAAAGCUGGUUCUGUCAUAACUUUUGUCAUCACUAAAGGUAGCGAUGAUUCAGACCAGGAUUCUGAUCAGGCGAAUGUGGCUGAGAGAGCUAGAGCAUUAAACGAAGUAAUGAAUAAAAAAAACGGAUUGAAACCAGAUCCUGUGUAUUAUCUUGGAAAACAAAUCUUUUCUCCAGUACAAAGAUUGUUGGAAAGGAUUGAGAGUUUUGACAUAAUUAGACUGAGUGAGGCGCUUGGUCUCGACAGUAGAAAAUACAUUAAUCGCGGUGGAGCCAACGGAGAGCUAAAUGGUAGGGGUAUGGACACAUUGCAACCAUUGGAAACCACUAUUUCAGAUGAGGAGAGAUUCAGAGACAGUGUUCCACUUGAGCUAACAUGUCCGAAUUGUGAUACCAAAUUUGUAUACGGUGGUAUUGUAGCAUCCAAAGAGUAUCGAUUUGUCUACUCCGGUAUCCAAUGUUCCAACUGUAAUCACAUAAUGACCCCAAUACAAGUCACUUCACAAUUAGAAAGAAUCAUAAGGGCCCAUAUUUCAUUAUAUUAUGCUGGAUGGGUCGCUUGCGAUGACAGUACAUGUGGCAACAUAACGAGGCAAAUUUCUGUGUUCGGGAAAAGAUGUCUGCUGGAUGGAUGUACCGGUGUCAUGAGUUACAAGUAUUCCGACAAACAACUUUACAAUCAAAUGCUGUACUUCCAAUCUCUGUUUGAUUUGCAGAAAAACAAGCUCCAAACACUGAAGCCACUUUACCACUCUGGUGAUAGUAACGCACCAGAAAAAUCACUGUCUCACUCGGAAGUCCAAGCACUUGCUGAACAGAAUAGGCUACUCUUUGAAGUUUCAAAGCAAGUAGUUGAAAAAUACCUUAGCGAUUGUGGUCGGGCAUACGUCAAUAUGGGAAGUAUUUUCGAUUUCAUGCUUUCACAAUGA